AUGCUAAUUUCGAAGCUUUUCCUGAUUUUUUUGGUCUUUGAGGUGAAUAGAAUCUACCUGAAGAAGGAAAAAGUGAUUCGGAUUUCAGAAGGCCUCUCCAGAAUCCUACAUCAUUUUCACGGCGGCGCCAUCUUUGGAAUUUGCCAAGAUUAUUCCGGCUGACGAUUGCCUUUCAGCUUGCUCUGUAGAUCCGGAGUGUUGGGUUAUUUUUUUCAUUUCGUAAAAGGAAGUGGUCCCUGUAGGGGUUUAGGGUCUGAGACCUUAGCCCCUGCAGCUCAAGUGGUCCCUAUAGGGUUCUUUCAACUUCAUUCAGAAAAGGUUCUUUGCUUGCUCUGUAGAUCCGGAGUGUUGGCUUCUUCGCAUAGUAGCAUGCCAUCCAUAGGGACCACUUUUGAAAGCUUUAGGGGUCCCUAUAGGGUUUGGUAGAGCGGACCUUCCCAGGGCCCCUAUAGGGACCACUCUAGUGUUACCAAGAAGCUGCUGGUGUAAGUCACCUCCAGUCGAUUUUUCACAGUUUUAAGGCGAGAAUGGCCUUACUUAGCGAAAAAUGGUCCCGACACGAAAAAAAAAAGAGAGAGUACCUGGUUGAUGGAGAGUGCAGACAGUCCCCAUGAAUCGACUAAAAUUGACGAAAUUUUCAGGCGUUUUUCGGAAAUGACAAUGGUUGCAACGUGUUCUUGGAUUCCGGCCCGAGGCUGGACGGAACUCCUUCCGUCGCCUUGGAUCCGCAAACGACGGAAGUCUGGGUCAAAGUGGCCUUCGAUAGUAGUCCGAGCUGUUCAGCUUCGGUCACUGACGCGAUUAAAACGACCGUUUGUCGAAUUUUCUUCAAAGAUUAUUGA